AUGGAUGAAACAGCUGCACUGUUCGAUCUUCAUCUACUGGUUCCAGUUACUAUUAUUUGCAUUGUGCUGUUUAUCUUGGGUGUGACCGGAAACCUGAUAACAAUUUUGAUAUUCAAGUCUUAUAAGGACAUGAGGUCCACAGUCAACAUGUACCUAUCCAGUAUGGCGGUGUCUGACAUUCUUAUUUUUCUCGGCCUUCCUUCUGAUUUGUACAGAAUUUGGAAAUAUAAACCAUACAUAUUUGGGAACUUUCUCUGCAAAUUUCUGGUUUACCUAAGUGAGGCCUGCACAUACUGUACAAUUCUUCAUAUCACUACAGUAAGUGUAGAACGGUACCUGGCCAUUUGUUUUCCACUGAAGGCCAAGACCAUGAUCACUAAGAAAAGGGUGAAAAUCAUUAUUAUUUUCUUGUGGGUUCUUGCCUUGCUGACGGCAGGACCAAGUGUGUUCCUUUUUGGUGUGGAACACCGCCCGGAAACUCAGCCCGAGGAAACCAUGGAAUGCAAAUACAUGAAUAGCUCUGCCCAGAACGGACUUCUGCACAUAAUGACAUGGGUCUCCACCGUGUAUUUUUUCAUACCCAUGUUCUUUCUGACAUUGCUUUAUGGUCUUAUCUGUAGGAAGCUUUGGAAGAACAAGCUUGGAAGGCAUAGACCCACUGCGGCCAACAGAAGCAAGCAUCACAAACAAACAGUUAAAAUGCUGGCGGUUGUUGUGCUGUCCUUUGUGCUGUGCUGGCUGCCUUUCCACAUUGGACGGAUCUUGUUUGCUUUGGCUGGGAUAAGAGAAUACAUGUUUUAUGAUCUCACACAGUACUUAAAUCUCAUCUCCAUGGUCCUAUUUUACCUGAGCGCCUCUAUCAACCCAAUGCUCUACAACAUUAUGUCCCAAAAGUACAGGGCCGCCAUGAGCAAGAUACUAAACAUAAGGCAGGAUCCACAAUCUAGGAACACCACGAGGAGCGAGCAGUCCUCUCUGGAAGGGACAGAGCUCAGUUCUUUCACGUACAAGAGUUCAUCCAAAAAGCAGCUAAAGGAAUUCUGAAAGAGUCCUGAAAAAAAGACGUACUACAUGUUUCUAAUCAGUUA